GAAAAACAAGUCUUUUUUGUUUUCAACGUAUAAUGGAUGCAAAAUUCUAUAUAGAAAUCUUGGAAAAACAUAUUCCGGAGGUUAACAGAAUAUUAAAAAGACAAUGGCGCCUACAACAAGAUAACGAUCCUAAGCAUACUAGUCGUAUUGCUAAAGAAUUUCUUGAUAAUAAUGUCCCAGAAGUUAUAGAUUGGCCUUCCAAUAGUCCAGACCUGAACCCUAUUGAAAAUCUUUGGGCAAUCGUUAAGAGGAACGUAGAGUUACGUAAAUCAAAAAAUCUUACCAAAUUAGAAAGCCUUUUAAGUGAAGAAUAG